AUGGGUCUCUUCGGAAAUAAACGUGAAAAGACUGAAAAGGCAGAUAAAUAUGAAUAUAAUUCAUCAGCAAAAGGUGCUCGAUCUGGCUAUGGCCCACCAGCAUUACUUGGUACAUCAGGAUCUCCAUAUUUUCCAGGUAGUGGUGCUGCUUAUUUUGAUGGUUAUGGACAAGUUGCACCUCAAGGUAAAAUGAGUAAAUAUGGUAAAUAUUCUGGUCCAAAUAAAAGUCUUUAUGGUGCUGAUCCAAUGCAACAAGCAAUGUUAUUACCACCUCAAUCACCAGCUGCAAUGCAAGCUCAAGCAGCAGCUAUGCUUCAAAUGCAACAAUAUAUGCAAGGACAAGGUGCUGGUGCACAAUUUGGUGGUAUUCUUCCACCAAUUCAAAUGCCAUUGAGUGCUGCUCAACAAGCUGGUUUAUUGCCAAGUCAAGGUCAACCAUUUUAUGGUUUUGCUGGUCAACAAACAGGAACACCCUAUUUCGAUCCAAACAGUGGAGCUUUUCAACAACAACAGGGUGCAUUUGCUCCUUAUCAACAACCAAAUUUUUAUGAUCCAGCAGCAACUGCUGGUUUCGCUGGUCCUUAUGGUUAUAUGCCAGCUGCUUUUUAG